CCUGCCCCAGAGCCUGCGGGUGCAGAAGGCAGCGCCACUCCGGGGCUGCUCUAACUUGCAGCCGCUCCUGGCAGACCCCGGAUCAGCGCCGGGAGGGCAAAGGGCUCUGGGCCGGGGACGUCGCUGGGGUCAGGCCCGGCCCCGGGGAAGCGGGACACGCGCUGCAGCCCCGGUGCCCCGCGCCCCUCUGCCGUGGGGGGGCCGCCCCGCCCCGCCCAAGAUGGCCCAGGGAGGGGGUGGAGCCCGGUGCAUUGUGGGUGCCGCCCAUGGCCGCGGCAGGUGAGCGAUGAGCCGGGGGAGGGCAGCGGCUCCGGGCGCGGCGCAGGCGGCGGAUGCUCCGGCCCGGCUGGCAGGCUCAGCUGUGCCAUGUCCCUGAUGGUGGAGGUCGGCGAGAGCCAGCCGGGGAGGAUGACGGCAGAUGACAUCAUCGCUGGCACGCGGCAGGUGGUGAAGGGGCUGGAGGCGCUGCGGAGCGAAAACAGGGGCAUCUCUCAGCGGCUGCAGGAGGCCCUGAUCCAGGGCCAUGGGCAGGAGGAGCCGCCGGGGGGCCAGGCCCUGCAGCUCCUGGAGGAGAAAUACGACCUCGUCCGCAAGUCCCUGGAGGGGAUUGAACUGGGGCUUGGCGAGGCAAAGAUGAUGAUCGCGCUGUCGUCCCACAUCGGGGCGCUGGAGGCCGAGAAGCAGAAGCUGCGGGCGCAGGUAAAGAGGCUCUGCCAGGAGAACCUGUGGCUGCGCGAGGAGCUGGCGGGGACCCAGCUGCGGCUGCAGCAGAGCGAGGAGAUGGUGGCGCAGCUGGAGGAGGAGAAGAAACACCUGGAGUUCCUGAACCAGCUGAAGCAGUACGACACCAAGGAGGAGCAGCCGGAAAAGGACGGUGCCCAGAAGCGGAAGGAUAGCCUGGCCUCCCUGUUUGCCAGCGACGAGGAUGAGCAGCGGCAGGGGAGCCAGCCGACCAGCACGGCCAUGGCAGCGGCACAGCAGGGCGGCUACGAGAUCCCGGCGCGGCUGCGCACGCUGCACAACCUGGUGAUCCAAUACGCCUCGCAGGGGCGCUACGAGGUGGCCGUGCCGCUCUGCAAGCAGGCGCUGGAGGACCUGGAGAAGAACUCUGGACACAGCCACCCUGACGUGGCCACCAUGCUCAACAUCCUGGCGCUGGUGUACAGGGACCAGAACAAGUACAAGGAGGCCACGGACCUGCUGAACGACGCUCUGGACAUCCGGGAGCAGGCCCUGGGUGUGGAGCACCCGGCGGUGGCCGCCACCCUGAACAACCUGGCCGUGCUGUAUGGCAAGCGGGGCAAGUACAAGGAAGCGGAGCCGCUGUGCAAGCGGGCGCUGGAGAUCCGCGAGAAGGUCCUGGGCCCCACGCACCCCGACGUGGCCAAGCAGCUCAACAAUCUGGCGCUGCUGUGCCAGAACCAGGGCAAGUUCGAGGAGAUGGAGCGGUACUACGAGCGGGCGCUGCGCAUCUACCAGAGCCAGCUGGGCCCCCACGACCCCAACGUGGCCAAGACCAAGAACAACCUGGCCUCCUCCUACCUGAAGCAGGGCAAGUACCAGCAGGCCGAGGAGCUGUACAAGGAGAUCCUCACCUCCCAUGACAAGGAGCGGGCAGCUGCCCACCACGGUGACCCCGCAGCAGGCCAGAGCAGUGCAGACCCCCUGAGCCAGGAUGCCAUGGGCAGCGUGCGCCGGAGCAGCUCCUUCUCCAAGCUGCGGGAAUCCAUCCGGCGUGGCAGCGAGAAGCUCGUCUCCCGGCUGAAAGGCGAGAGCGUCCGGACCAUGGACCCCAGCCCUGGGAUGAAACGCGCCAGCUCCCUGAACGUCCUGCAUGUGGGCGAGAGGCCACCGGUGCCAGCGGCUUCCCCAGCGGUGAGAACUGGUCCCGGGGCCCCAGCAGCUGCGAACCCAGCAGCGGGGAUCCUGGCCCAGUAUCCCUUAACUCCCUGCUCCCCUUUAUUCCCUCUCCGCAGGUGCCCAGCAGGAACCUGAGUGCCAGCAGCCAGAACCUCUCCCCCAGCAGCUCCCUCUCCAGUGCGGGCUGAGGCACUGGCACGACCAGGCCAGCUGGAGUCUCAGCUCUGCUUGCUACGGCCCCCCACACCCGCAGCCUGCCCGUUAACCCUCGAGUACACAGAGCAAGGGGCACGGCUGGCUGCAGCCCAGCCAGCCCCCGGGUUGGACCUCUUUGGAUGCGGUGAAUGUGCCCCCCCUCAACUAAGAGAGACCAAGCCAGUGCCUGCCCCCUACUGGGCUGCUCUGGCCCCAUAGCACAAGCUGCUCUUUCUCAGGAAGCCCCUGGGCUCGGCCUGGCCCUGCUCCAGCUGCCUUAACGCCCCCCCGAUUGCAGGGGCCAGGGCUCGCUAUUUAUUCUAUUUAUAGGUGAGAGCAGAACAAGCACAACGUGAAUAAAGGUGUUUGGCGA